AUGGCUGCGGCGAGGAGCGGGGCUGAGGCGGCGGCGGCCAGGCUGGAGGGGGCGGGGGAAGAGGAGGAGACGGAGACGGCGGCGGCGGCCGGGGAAAACGAGGUGGUGGAUGGCGGCGGCGCUGCGGGCGGGGCGGCGGCCGCCGGCGGUGAGAGCGAGGAGGAAGAGGAGGAGGACGACGACGAGGACGACGAAAACGAGGACGAGGACGUGUUCGAAGUGGAGAAGAUCCUCGACAUGAAGACCGAGGGGGGUGUAAUUCUGUACAAAGUCCGGUGGAAGGGCUAUACCUCUGAUGACGAUACCUGGGAACCAGAGGUUCAUCUGGAAGACUGCAAAGAGGUGCUGCUUGAAUUCAGAAGAAAGCUGGUGGACACCAAGCCAAAGCCUUUGAAAAAGGACUUUCAGAAAUUUUCUCUAGAUGAUGAUGUGUUUGAAGCAGAAUCUGAUAAUGAUGGGCAAAGCGAAACAAAAGAGGAUGUUUCACCAAAGAAGAAAAAGAAAAAGUCAAGAGAAGGAGAAGAUAGAAGUGUGGAUGACCUGAAGAAGAAAAAGUCAAAGUCUGCAAAAGUCAAAGAGAAACCCAGGGUAGAAUGUGAACUUUCCUCAGAUACUUUGGGGUUGGAUUCAAAACCCAAAAAAAGGACUUCAGAAACAAAGGAAGAUUCAAAGGAUCCAAAGAAGCAAAGGAAAGAAGAUACUAAAGAAGUAAAGAAAAAGAAGGGGGAAGUUAAAGAUGUAAAAAUAAAAACUAAAGAAGAUUGUAAAGAAAGUAAAAAAUCACGGAAGGAGAAGCAAGGAGAUGCUCAGUUUGACACAGAGCCGAGUACUUCAGACGAUGCACUUUUUCAGGAGGUUGAUAAUGAAAAUCCACCCUUAUGCUCUGAAAAUAAAGAGGAGGAACAACAAGUAAAGUGUGAAAAAGAGAGGUCGGAAGAAGAAAUUGCUGAAAAAGACUGCAUUGCUGACAGACAGCUUGAUGGAUCAGCAAGUAAUGAAGAUGAUAGUGUGGAGGUUAAGGCUAAAAGAAAGAAGAAGAAAAAUCAGAAAAUGGAAGAUUACAAAGAGGAGGGUAGAAAAGUGGAAAUCAAAGAUACGGGUUUGGAGAAGAAAAGCGUGCUCAAAAAGCAGAAAAGUCAAGAAAAAGUGAAAGUGGUGGCUGCAGAGUUGGAGAAAGUGUCAGCUGCGCCCAUGUUGGCACAGAAGGCUGUAAAGGUGAGCGCUGAGGAGACAGGGCGCAAAUCCAUGGAGGCAGGAGAGGAGGAGAAAGAAAUAAAGAAAACUGAAAUGAAAGAAAAAGCAGUAAAAAAAGAGUCUGAAAAAGAAGAAAAGAGCAGAAAAGAACAGAAGGUCCUAAAAAGCUAUAAGGACAUCAAAAGUGCACUUGACAUGUGUAAUGUAGCUUCAGAAGAAAAAAAGGAAUGCUCUGAGAAUAACUGCAAAAGAGAAGAACCCUCACUAGAAUGUAAAUUCAUAGAAGAAUUAAAAUUAAAAGACAGCAAAGUGCACAAGGAGAGGAGGAUAAAAGAUGAAGCAGAAACAUGGAAUUACGUUGCUGCAGGAGGUGGUCGAGAAGCAGUGGAUGUGUGUCAGAUGGAGAACUCUGAUGGCAAGCAGCAAGUUUUGAGUUUGGGUAUGGAUAUGCAGUUAGAAUGGCUAACACUAGAAGACUUUCAGAAGCAUCUCGAUGGAGAAGAUGAGAAUCACAUCUCAGCAGAACCAGUAUCCAGUACACUCCUGAGGGAUGCUGUCAAAAGUGGAGAUUAUAUGACAGUAAAGAUGGCACUUUCUUCAAGCGAGGAAUAUAAUCUGGAUCAAGAGGAUUCCAGUGGAAUGACUCUAGUAAUGCUUGCUGCUGCUGGUGGGCAUGACGAUCUCCUCCGGGUCCUAAUCAGGAAGGGAGCUAAAGUUAAUGGCAGGCAGAAAAAUGGAACAACUGCAUUGAUACACGCAGCUGAAAAGAAUUUUCUAACAACAGUAGCUAUUCUUCUGGAGGCUGGAGCAUUUGUGAACAUGCAGCAGAGCAGCGGUGAAACUGCGUUAAUGAAGGCAUGUAAAAGAGGAAAUUCGGACAUUGUGCGACUUAUGAUUGAAAGCGGAGCGGACUGUAACAUCUUGUCAAAGCAUCAGAACAGUGCACUGCAUUUUGCUAAGCAGUCUAACAAUGUCCUGGUGUACGAACAGCUCAAGAGUCAUUUGGAAACACUCUCAAGAGUAGCAGAAGAUACCAUCAGGGACUAUUUUGAAGCUCGCCUUGUUUUGCUGGAGCCAGUCUUCCCAAUUGCUUGUCACCGUCUCUGUGAAGGGCCGGACUUCUCCACAGACUUCAACUAUAAACCCCCACAGAACGUGCCAGAAGGAUCUGGAAUUCUUCUCUUUAUUUUCCAUGCAAAUUUCUUCGGUAAAGAAGUCGUUGCUCGGCUCUGUGGACCAUGCAGUGUACAAGCUGUGGUUUUAAAUGACAAAUUCCAGCUCCCUGUAUUUUUGGACAGUCACUUUAUUUAUUCCUUCAGCCCAACUGCAGGCCUUAACAAGCUUUUUAUCCGGCUAGCAGAAGCUCCUACAGCCAAGGUGAAGCUGCUAAUAGGAGCAUACAGAGUACAGCUGCAGUGACCUCACAGCUGCGAGCCUGUUGAGCGGCCUGACACCUCUGGGAUAUACUUCUGAGUCCUCUGUUCAGAGACUGACAAAGCAGUUUGGAACUUUUUGGCACCACACUCUUAGUCCCAAGUUCCCAUCUUCAUGUUGUUUGUUGGCAGUCAUACAGGAAAGUACGUGUUGGAGAGCAGCUGAAUACACUGUGCUGGUUGGGACAGGGUUGUCAGCUCUUUUUUGAUUUGUACAGACAUAGAUGUAAGUAUUUGUGCCAAUACAUACAAUGCUGUCUUUCUUUAACUUGUUGAGUCCAGACUGCAUAUUUCAGCUUUUCCACAAUGUGGAAUGGUGCACACAAGAACUAUUUAAGGUAACUAAAUGAAAUGUCUUGUUUUUUUUUAAAUAGAAGGAUCUUUUUCAUUUGUAAACUACAAUUUUCUACUUACUCAAAUAACUGAAAUGUUUCAGUGUAAAAUGCAGGACUGUUGUAUUCUCAGAGCAGUGGGCAGGAAUUACACCUGAAAGCCACUGCAUCACUUAAGCAUGAACUGCUGGGGAUCACAUUCUGGUUUGAAACUCUUCCUGCAGUUGCUUCCUGGUGGGAGAGCAGGAGCAAUUGCCUGUGUGAAAGCCCUGCGUGAUUCCCUUUGAACAGACAGUUAGGUCUGCAGGAGUGAACAGGGACGUCCAGAUAGGCUCAAUGAGUAGAGCACUGUGGUUGGAUUCCUAGUUACAUCAGUGCUUUAAAACUAAUCUUGUGUUAGAGAAGCAACUGAUAGUUAUACAGGCAUCUUAACUUUGGAGUUGUUAGUCAAGUGGCAUGUGAGAAAACAAAUAGCUGGAACUAGCAAACCAGAAGAUGUGUUAACUGCUACCUUAACUGUGGGCAAUGCUUUCCUAGGUGGCUAAAAGGUACAGAGGAGUUCAGAUGUUCUCAUCCUGACUGCUGAGAACAGGUUCUGCCCUCAUUCAGAACUCAGAUCCUGUGUGCAAAGAGCUGCUAUCUGUCUUUUUAUUUCUCUAAGUAAGUGACCAUUUUAUCAGAUGACAGCAGUUCUGCAAUGGUUCUGUGCUGUAACAUAGAAAUGUAAUACUUCUGCCUGAAGUAUUUUUCUUUGUAAAUUAAACAACAUCUUGAAAAGUGAAGGAAAGAAAGAUUGUGCCUUUGCUGUUCUGGUUGCCACAAGUAGUUUACAUGACACUAUGUGCCUAUAUUGCUUAAGAAACUAUUGGGGAUAAAUAAUGUAUUUGCACCAUUUUGAUGGUGAGCACUCAGUUGUACCCUUUUAAGAACUGUGACUUUAUAUUAAAACUUUCAGCUUACCACUUUUAA